UGGGCUGUCAUUUUUAAGUCUAAAGUGUUUAAAUCGGGUGGCUUUGUUUUUGUUUUGUUUUUACUUUCUCUACCCUGGGCUUGGCCCCCAGUUGUUCUCUCAUCCUUGUUUCUGUGGGUACUGACUCUGGCUUCAAAUCUGAAAGGCUCAGUAAGUGGGGUGGCAGGUCCCACCACCUCAUCGCCACAUGUCCCUACACAUCACAAGAGCCCCUGCCCAGUCACAUGCAUUUGCUGGGAUCAAUUGUUGGGCGGCCCUCAGACACAGAAUUCCACACAGGUUUUUAAAUAUGGAAAUGUGAUAUUCUGAUACUAUUUUAUGAAAUUAUAAAAAUUUGAUCAGUGUGUAUCUUUGGUUUUAAUAGCUACUCUGACCUAUGACACUCUCCGAUUUGCCGAGUUUGAAGAUUUCCCGGAGACCUCGGAGCCUGUUUGGAUACUGGGUAGAAAAUAUAGCGUCUUCACAGAAAAGGACGAGAUCUUAUCUGAUGUGGCCUCCAGACUCUGGUUUACAUAUAGGAAGAACUUCCCAGCCAUCGGGGGGACCGGCCCCACCUCGGACACGGGCUGGGGCUGCAUGCUCCGCUGUGGACAGAUGAUCUUCGCCCAGGCCCUGCUGUGCCAGCACUUAGGCCGAGAUUGGAGGUGGACACAGCGGAAGAGGCAGCCAGACAGCUACUUCCACGUCCUCAACGCCUUCAUCGACAGGAAGGACAGUUACUACUCUAUCCACCAGAUAGCACAAAUGGGAGUUGGCGAGGGCAAGUCUAUCGGCCAGUGGUACGGGCCCAACACAGUCGCCCAGGUUCUCAAGAAACUUGCUGUCUUCGACACGUGGAGCGCUCUGGCUGUCCACAUAGCAAUGGACAACACGGUGGUGAUGGAGGACAUCAGAAGGUUGUGCAGGAGCAGCCUUCCAUGUGCCGAGGCCAGUGCGUUUCCUGCAGAGUCUGAAGGGCACUGUAACGGACUCCCUGCGGGAGCCGAGGUCACCAGCAGGCCAUCACUGUGGAGACCCCUGGUGCUUCUCAUCCCCCUGCGCCUGGGACUCACGGACAUCAACGAGGCCUAUGUGGAAACGCUGAAGGGCUGUUUCAUGAUGCCUCAGUCCCUGGGAGUGAUUGGAGGGAAGCCCAACAGUGCCCACUACUUCAUCGGCUAUGUGGGGGAGGAGCUUAUCUACCUGGAUCCCCAUACCACGCAGCCAGCAGUGGAAUUUACUGACAGCUGCUUGAUCCCAGAUGAAAGCUUCCACUGCCAGCACCCCCCGAGCAGAAUGAGCAUCGGAGAGCUCGACCCAUCCAUCGCUGUGGGUUUUUUCUGUAAGACUGAGGACGACUUUAAUGACUGGUGCCAGCAAGUAAAAAAGCUGUCACUGCUUGGAGGCGCCCUGCCCAUGUUUGAGCUGGUGGAGCAGCAGCCUUCCCACCUGGCCUGCCCCGACGUCCUGAACCUGUCCUUAGAUUCUUCUGAUGUAGAACGACUGGAAAGAUUCUUUGACUCAGAAGAUGAGGACUUUGAAAUCUUGUCCCUUUGAAAAUCCUAGUCAGGGACAUCUCGACUGGCCCUUGCUGGGGGUGCCUCCGAGAGCCUCGCCCGGCCUCAGGGCACUUGGUGCCACUGCGUUUCAUCCAUCCUGCCCGCUGCCUGCCGCCGUGCCCCGACUGCCUCUACCCUCGAUGGGGACUGCACUGUGCUCAAGGCCUUGCUGCAGGAGUGGGACUGCUCGGCCCAGACACUUGCGGGCCACUGGGGAGAAGCAGACACUGUAGGGAGCUGCACAGCGGCGGGGCCAACUGUCCAUGCCACCUUCGUCCUGCUUCCUCCAGACUCAGUUCUGGGUUUUCUUUGGAAUUAAAGUCCUGUUUGAAGUUCCUCGACACAGACAUGCAUUUCUGUUGGGCCUGUUCUGAGUCCAAGAAGACUGGAGGCCGAGUGAGGAGCGGCCCGGGGACUGGGCCUGCGCGCCCUCUGCCUGCAGCCCUGCCCAUGGCUCCUCCAGGGCUGCCUAGUGGCGACAGGAAGGAGUGACUGCCUGGCAUCUCCUGGCUUUGGGAGAUAAAUAGCAGAGGGGUGGAGCAAACCAGAGACCACUGUGCUUGUGACUUGCCAGGACAGAGCUGCAGGUAGCGCCUGAGUGGGUUCACCUUCCUCACCUCCUGGUGCCGGCAUUUUGAGAUCCCACUUGCUGCUGCUUGCUUGUCACGCUGGCUUCCCCUGGGUGCACAGUGGGUGGGGAGCUGCCCUGGCCUGUGACCCUCAGGCCCAUGUAGGACGUCAGGGGCAUGGCAAGCCUGGUGGGCAGAGGCUGCAGAACUGCCCUCCCGUCACCAAAGCUUCAGGUGGUUUGGGGCCAGAGGGUGAAACCCUGUUUGUGGUGCAAGACAGGCGCCCCAUCGCUCAUCACGUUACUCGGAGACAUUUCCAGAUCCUUCUCAGCACUGACGGCAGCACCUGCAGCUCUGAACCCUGGUUGGGCCCAGAGAGCAUGGCUCCCACCCUGAAGAGUGGCCUCCGCGGGACCUGUGAACAGGAGCCUGGAGAACUCAGGGAGGUGGCCGCCGCCUUCCCGGGGCCUGCCUUGCGGAGCCCCUUCCCUCCCUCGGUGACUGCAUUUGUGGGGACAGCGGGUGGGGGCCCAUCUGAUAGCAGAGGACAUCCUAGCCCCUGAGUGUUGCCGAUGUAAGUUAAUUUGUUCUUUUCCUAUCUCUCCCUCCUUCCCCAGGGAAGGAGGAAGGCUGGGCGGUCUCCAUUCCUCCCGCUGCAUCUUGGAAAUGCGCUGCCCUGCCUGCUGGGCCAGGUCUCGCUGCAGCCCCCGCAGUGGUUUGAAUGGUGGAAGCGGGUGGCGACUUGACCAAAGGGGCACCCUGUCUAGUGAUUUGAAAAGCCUCACCAAGAGAGUGUUGUCCAUUCUUAGUCUAGUUUGCAGUUCUUCAUGGCAAAUAACAGUUUCAGUAGAAAACAAAA